UAGAAAUCUCUGUAAUUUGACUUUGAGAUCAUGCAAGAGAAUACCGCAGAUAUGGUGGAAAGGGAUGAAUUGCUUCAUCAGUUAAGAUUGUCGGUCAAGAUGAUGGUGAAUAUGAGGGCCUUUGCACUAAAGAUACUUAGUACUAAAGAGGCAAAGAGUAUGGAAAAGCAUCCGAGUAUUGUAGCUUUAAAAAUAAGGGUUGAUCAAAUGACCAUUACCUUACAACAAGUCAUGAAUUAUCUUUACUGGGCGGACCUAUUUGACAACUCGAACAUUACUAGAGGAAAUCAGUAAAAACCAAACUAAAUUACUUUUAUUAAACGCUUUUCCCCUAUUUUUACAAAUAUCCUAUCUUAGUCUCAGGUUUGUUCUUUUUUUUUUCCAAUUUUC